GGUGAUUGGAGCGCAGUGCAGGAGAGCGGCGGAGGCGCACGAGAGAGAGGAAUGUCUCCUCCUGUUGCUGCUGCUUCACAGGUUUCCCCGCUGACCUGAGCGCACACAUGAAGCAGACCGGGGUCCGUUCUGCGUCUCUGCCCGCUUUCACUGAGUCGGACCCGGGGAAGAUUCACCAGGAACAGCGCUAAAUCUCAGCGGAACCGCUAGGAGCGUCUUUGCGAACAUUUGGACACAACUUGGCAGAGAACAAGUCACUGUUUCUGGAGGCACUGCUGGUGGUUCGAUUUGAGCGAAGCUGCGUUUGAAGGGAAAGUAACGAACACGCGUGAGAAAGCGAGUAGCAGAUGUUUUUGGAGAAUAUGUGGCCGACUGAGACAUGAGCUCGGCUGCAGCGAGGCACCGGCGGCCCUUCCAGCGGGUGUGCUGCUGCGGGGUCGGGCUGCUCGCCGUUAUUUGGCUCACACAGCUCCAGGUCCGGGGGCCAGAGGGCGGAGUGAGACUGGAGCAGCCCUGGAGUCGGAGGCUGCUACAAUCAGAGGAAAGCCUGAAUCAGAGUGAGGAGGAGCUGCGAGCAGCCAUCCAUGAGUUUCCUGAAGACAUCUUCACAAAAGAACAGCGGAAAAAUGGGGCGGUGUGCCUGCAUGCUCUAUGUGCCAUCUACAUGUUUUAUGCCCUGGCCAUUGUUUGUGAUGAUUAUUUCGUCCCUUCACUUGAGAAAAUAUCAGAGAACCUGCAGCUCAGUGAAGAUGUUGCUGGAGCCACAUUUAUGGCAGCCGGGAGUUCAGCCCCAGAGCUUUUUACUUCUCUGAUUGGUGUGUUCAUCACAAAGGGGGAUGUGGGAGUGGGGACGAUUGUCGGCUCAGCCGUCUUCAACAUCCUGGUUAUCAUUGGCCUCAGCGGGAUCUUCGCAGGACAGACUGUGGUUCUGACCUGGUGGCCUCUGUUUCGAGACUCAAUGUACUACAUUCUCUCUGUGCUCACGCUCAUCCUGGUCAUCUAUGACGACACAGUGGUCUGGUGGGAGUCCAUUCUCCUUAUGACACUGUAUGGAAUCUACAUAGUAAUCAUGAAAUUUAAUUCCCCAAUCUCAGUGUUUGUUAUGCGCCGGUGCCAGAGCACAUUGCUGUGUUGCUCCAGUUCUGAACAGACACGAGAUGACAAGAUGGUGGACGAGGCAGCUGCUAUUAACACAUCCAUUGUUCUCCUGAAUAAAGCUCAAAGUCAUGGAGCAGAGCCUGGUCCAGUGGUGAUGGUGGACGAGCUGCUCAUCCUGAACCCUCACAAACUGUCCUUCUCUGAGGCCGGGCUGCGCAUCAUGAUCACGCCGCACUUUUCCCCCCGCACCAGGCUCACCAUGGCAGGACGCAUGCUCAUCAGUGAGAGACAGAGGCUAAUCCGGACCUCCAAGAGCCAGAGGGACGAAGCUGUACCCGGGUCCAGACGGACGUCCAGCUGCAGCAGUGUGAAGAGGACCGCCUCCUACAGUCUAGAGAAUGGAGGGGGGCGCUCCCGUGUGGGAGACACAGAGUCUGGAGGGAAACAGGGGGCAGAAGGGGGGCACCCUGAGGAAGAGGAGGAGGAUGGCAUCUUCAGUCCCUGGCACAUUCCAGGAGGCUGUGGUGCGAGGGUGAAGUGGGUGACCACAUGGCCUUUAGGUGUCCUGCUCUACUGCACUGUGCCCAACUGCCUUCAGCCACGAUGGCACCGAUGGUUCAUGGUCACCUUUGUAGCCUCCACUUUGUGGAUCGCAGUCUUCUCCUACCUCAUGGUGUGGAUGGUCACCAUCAUCAGUUCCACACUGGACAUCCCAGACUACAUUAUGGGCAUCACGUUCCUGGCAGCAGGGACCAGUGUACCGGACUGCAUGGCCAGCCUAAUUGUGGCACGACAAGGGAUGGGGGAUAUGGCCGUGUCUAACUCUAUCGGCAGUAACAUCUUUGACAUCCUGCUGGGGCUGGGCUUCCCCUGGGCCCUGCGCACCCUGGUGGUGGACCAUGGAUCAGUGGUUCAUAUCAAUAAUAAAGGAUUGGUCUAUUCGGUCGUCUUGCUGUUGGCCUCUGUAUUACUGACAGUGAUGAGUGUACAUCUAAACCACUGGAAGCUGGACCGCCGCCUGGGCUUUGGUCUGAUGUUCCUCUAUGCCGUCUUCUUACUCUGCUCCAUCCUCUUUGGACAGAUGUGAGACCUCUCGGUCAGGGCUCAUCUAAGCCAAGUACCACCCUCUCCAUGAUGCCAUUUCCUGAAGCCAAAUAAGGCAGCACUGUUCUGUAUCUGGGAUCAAGCACACUGUGGGGUAAAGCAGACCACUACAUGACCAAAAGUGUGAAGGGCACAGUUGAUAGGAGCACACAGCUAACUAUCUCUACCAGUGAAUAUUUUGUCCUUUCUUGGUUUUUGUUUUUCAGAAGAAGCAAUAAGUUGUUUGAGCUUGAGCUGAGCUUUAGCUGAGCUUUAGCAUAACAAUACAACGUGAUAACAUCCAAUAACAUGGCAUGACAUUUAGUGCUGGCAACAUUAGCCACUUAAUGGUUUGACUUCUCUUUUUUCCACACUCUAAAAAGUGUACUUUCAAAGGUUAAUUAUUUAUUUAAAAACAUAAUAAUUUAAUCUUUGGUGAAGCCAAGUAAAUAUUCGAGUUUGGGACCAUCUUAAAACACAAAGCUCUAUUUGAAUGGUUAGUAGAUUUACUUUUGAACCCAUCAGUUUAAAUAUAUUGCUGUGUUGGUGUCAGCCUCUACUACUGUGCUUGUAUUUGAAUGUAACAUAACUGUGGUUAUUGUGGGUAUUUUUGAUAUUUUAAAUGUACAGCAGGGAGCCAUGACAUACCAAGCACAGGGAGGGAUUAGCUUCAGUUUGGAGUUGUAGAGGGCACAGUGUGCCCCUCGUUUUGUGCAGAAUAAAUAAAAACAACUAUGGAUCCACCAUCAAACAAAAUAAUAUUUAUAAGUGAGUGCGGUUUUCAAAAAGUUUUAUAAUUUUAAAUCAUAUCAUUUAGACUCAAAUUAUUACUUAAAAUAUUAUUAUUGUUUGUUGUGGAGGUGGAAUUUGCACUUUGGUGAAACAUUUGAUCACAAAGCUUCAGGACAAAACAAGCCACGGGCUGCAUACAGAUCUGCAAUAAUAAAUCCACAUUUAACUGUAGUGUACACUGUACAUGUGUUCAUGUGACAGAACGAUGCUGCAAACUGCUGCUCUUUAGCUCAGUGGAGAAACACUACAAACGGGGGAUUUUGAAAUAUGUUUAAGGACAUCUUGGUGCCACUAUUAAUAAUAAAGUUCCAGAUAGAAAAAGAUAUUUUUCUGGCUGUUGUUUUAGAACAUGUAUUUGUUUAGAUUUUUACAAACUAUGAAUGUUUGAGAAAGUUGUAUGUUAACAGAUCACAUAGCCUAGAAUUAUUUUGUGAAUUGUUGGGUGAAUGGAUUUGAGCACUUUUGUCAAGCUGAGAGUUUGUUCAGUAUUAUAUUAGUGACACACGCAGACAUAUUACAAUUAAUCGUGUUUACAACACAACACUUUAUUGUAUUAGUAGGUAAAUAUGUGCUGUAGCAACUGUAGCCUUGUACAACUAAAAGUGCAAAUUUCUACUAGCGCAUUUGAUUUAUUUAUGGGAUUAAAUACAAUUGCCGAAGUAUAUUAAAUACUUGAGGAAACAUUUGUUAUAAUCGUAUGUUGAUAGUUUAUCCACUUAUUGUAAUACCAAAAUCCCACUAGAUUAAAGCGUGACGUGUGAACAUUUGUGUGGAGAUCAGUGAUAAACCCACAAGUGAAAGACUUUAAAUACUAAAUAUGUUGUUAAAGUUCAGUCAUGGCACAUUUUUACAUAGUUUUUUUUUUUAUAUUUUAUGUCAAAAUAUCUGUUUUGUUAUUUUUUUAAUCUUGUGAAUUAACAGCACGCUUCCUCAUAUGUAUAUUUAGUGCUGUAAUGUUAAAAUUAUUGCUUUAGAGGUUGCUUGAAUCAUAGAGGACUGUUGUAUUUUGAGUGCAAUAAAAUGUGCA